UGUCCACCUGCGGAGAUCCUGGGGUAAGUUAAUCCCAGCUGAUCUAUAUAGAACUCGACUGGCAUGUGUAUCUGAAUGCCAAACUUCGCAACCGCUUGCAAGACUGAAUAAGAUGCCUUCAUCCGAGAACCACCGCCCAGACUUGGAGAAAGAUAUGCCUCUCCAAGUGGAUCAUGUCGAUACCUUCGACAAAGAUAGUAAAGCCAACCUACCCCUGGCUGGUGCCGACUACAGCGGUGCCAUAGCGAAAACGGACCCAGAAGAAAUUGCGUUGGUCCGCAGAUUGGAUUAUCGUAUCAUGCCAGCAUUGUUCUGCAUGUACUUCCUCAACAAACUCGAUCAGAACGCCAUCGCAAACGCAAGGCUGAACGGACUCGAGAAAGAUCUAGGUCUCAAAGGUUCUCAGUACAACACUUGCAUUUCGAUUCUUUAUGUUGGCUACCUCUUUGCCCAAAUACCGUCCAACAUGAUUCUAUCGUCGAAGAAAGUCAGGCCAUCAAUCUACAUGGCAUGUUGCAUGAUGGUAUGGGGGUGUGUCGCGACGCUCACCGCGCUGGUCCACAACUACGUCGGCUUGGUCCUAGUCCGGUUCUUCCUGGGUUUCGUUGAAGCGCCAUUCUACCCCGGGGCGCUGUACAUCUUAUCUUUGUUCUAUACGCGCAAGGAGAUUGCUACUCGAGUCUCUAUCUUAUAUGCUGGCAAUAUCUUUGCAGUAUCGUUCGCCGGACUCAUCGCAGCUGCGACUUUCGCCACUCUGGACGACAAGCACGGUAUGCACGGAUGGCAGUGGUUAUUUAUCAUCGAAGGUGUCGUCACUGUUGGAGUGGCCAUCGGGUGUAUAUUCCUCCUUCCCGACGAACCCCUCACAACUAGAUGGCUCACUCCGGAGCAACGCCAGCUCGCUCAUGACCGUAUCCAGCGCGAUACUGUUGGUUUGGAGUCUAGCAAGGGCGUUAAGGCUGGGUUUAUGCAAGCUCUGCGCGAUCCUAGACUGUACUUAUUGGUGUUCAUGCAAAACAUGCACCUGAGCGCCACUUCCUUCAAUCAAUUCUUUCCUACCGUCGUCUCAUCUCUCGGCUUCAACACCACCAUUACUCUUGUCCUCACAGCACCCCCAUCGUUGGUGGCGGGUGUGGUGGGCAUUUGUGUGGGAAUAUCAUCUGGCAGAUUCAACGAUCGCACAUGGCACAUCACCGUCAUGAUGGGAAUUGCAAUGGUUGGUUUCAUCAUCAGUGCGGUCACACUAAACCUUCCUGCUCGGUAUCUGUCCUGUUUUCUGUUCGCUUCAGGCGUUUACUCGGUCAAUUCAGUCAUUCUCGGCUGGGUAUCUGGUACUCUCGGCCAGACGGCAGAGAAGAAGGCUGUUUCUUUAUCUAUCGUCAACGUCGUCUCCAUGGCAAGUUUUAUCUACACACCCUACAUGUAUCCCAAGUGGGACGGGCCGAAGUAUGUCAUUGCGAUGAGCAGUAAUGCUUCAUUUGCUUUCGCAACCAUUGCCGCUGCCUGGGCACUCCGCACCUGGCUUACUGUGCAGAACAGGAGGCUCAAGAACAGCGGAGGCAAUGUUUUCUAUGCAUAUUAAGUUGCCCGUUUGGCAGACUAGGACAGAACACUGGAGGCGACACAAAGAGAAAUGUGACGACAAACAUUCUGGUCGUAGAAGCUAGCGUAGACAAUAUGAAUGUUCUUCAUCUCUUCA